AUGUACCUACACAAAUCGGAGAUAGAGGCAGGCAUUGAAAAGCUCAUGAAAACAGUGGAGGAUGACGAGGUUUUAGGCAGGUGCAGAGGGUCGCUGAGGGAGAUGGGCAGUCUUGAGGAAGAAAACAUCAAGGAUUUCAUUAGGGAACGGCGGGAUGUUGUUGAUGUCUUUGUGCAGGGGCUGCGGGCCAAGAGACAGGUUCCUGCCUUUGUAAUAGAUUUUAUCUACACGUUCCUUGUCAACGACCUACUUACCUCGAGUGAUAUUGAGGAGAUCAUCGGUGUUAUUUCAGAGGGCAGCUGGUGCGAAGCAUCGAAGAUGAAGAUACUCCAGAUGAGCUACUACAUUAUGAGAUAUGAAAAUUUCCGAGGGGACCUUGCGCUAUCUCUGUUCAAGAGCAUAAUUGGGAUGAUCGAGGACAGAAGCAAGCAGGUCCAGACAACUGCAAAGCCUAUAGCGAUGCAUUUAGUAGAUGUUAUCUUCAACAGAGCCUGUGCUAUUUUCAAGAAUGAAGCCCAGAGCGAGGAGGACGAACUUAAUGCUGCGAGUCCUUGCAGUAAGCUGGAUGUUCUUGAAGACUGCAGAUCCAAGUCGGAGAGACUGGUUCUGAGGAGAAGCCCUGAGUUUUCAAACCCAAUUGACGAUGGGAUUUCGUUUCUCAGGUACCUUUUGCAGAAUGCAUAUGGUUCGCGGGAGAUGGGAUACUUUGUAGUUGAUGCCGUGGCGCUGGUAACUCAGAAGAGUGAGCUUUUCGAGUAUGAGGAGUUUAAGGAGAUGUACCGCCUGGAGGUGAUGGGUAUGCUAACGGAGACGAUGAAGAGGAGGUGCUCUUCUAAGGGAAAUGUCUAUCGAGUGCUUUCAAGGGUGGUUGCAAGGCAUAAUUGCCUGUUUGAGAAGCAGGUCCAUGCAGUGUUUGACGAGAUGGAGAAGUCCUACGGACUAUUUGACGAUCUGGAGAUGGAGAUGUUUCUAGAUUUCCUAGGAGGCCUGGAUGUCCUACUAUUCAGUAGCUAUGCUGUAGCCAUCAGAAGGAUGUUCUUCAGAGUUCUUGAAGAUACACCGCUUGACAAUGAGUCUGGAAGCUCGGACGCUAUCAAUGCCAUUGGAAAUCUAUUGAGUAAUCAGCUGGAUGCUCAGGAGAAGACCAGUGGCAGAUUUCAUCCUUCGACAAAGGUUUUUUUCGAUAAAUUUUCCGGGACUUUGUAUGCAAAGCUGUCUGGGAUCAGCAGCGCACAUCCCAGUACAGAGCGUCUGCUAGACAUUGUUCUCAGAUUUUAUGCAGCUUCCGGGAAUAGAGAGUUGCUGGAGAGAUUCAUGGCUCUUGGGUCUGACCUGGGGUUUGCAAGGGCCGUGUGCAGAAGUUCGAUCGAAAGCAGGAAGCAUAUCCAAGACUCCUGGCAUGUUGUCCUUAGUUGCUGUAAGGAUCACCUUGGAGAUAUCAUUGAGUCUGUCAGCAUCUUUGAUGCCGAGGAGAUUUUCUUUCUGAUAAAGGCUGUGGAAAUGCUGGAGCCCUCUGGUUCAUGGAGUUCAAAAGACAAGGUGGAUUUUUUGUUAUCUGUGUUUAACAUCACCAAGCCUAUUGUAGUAGAGCCUCUGAACAUAAGGAUACUCGAGAUGAUUCUUGGUGGGAUGCUGAGGGAAAGCCACGGCGGCGAGGAGUAUCCAACCAAGGUGUUCUGUUCUGUCGUUGUGGACUAUGCCGGACACCUAGAAGUUCUAACGCCUGAUGUUGAGAGUGUUAUUUUCACGCUUCUCCGGAAGAUGCUUGCAAAGAACCUUGAAAGAAGCGGACUGGAGAUUCUAGAGGCACUGUCUGAGGUCCUGAGGCUUGUGACGCCCGAGGGCUGUUGGGACAUUGUUAUGGAGUGUGUUGAGUGCUCGUGCAUUCCCUGCCUGUAUUCUCCCCUGUACUCCAUCAUCAGGUGGAUCGUGGAGGGGUCUGGGCAUCUGCUGGACGACAAACAUUUUGAGGUGCUUAUAGGGAGCCUCUAUUCGAUGUGUCUGUCACCGAACAGCGAGAUAAGCCUGAAGGCGGUAUUUAUCUUCCAGGAUAUCGGCGAGUGUUUAAUGAGCAGAAGGGCCUUCAGCCGGACUCUUGGUGGGGAUAAGGACAGGGAUGGAGGCGAGGAGAUGAGCUCUGCAUGGGUCAAGUAUACGAAGGUCUUGGGGGAGAUGGCGAGUGACGAGAGAUACAUUGUGCGCGAAACAGCGAUCAAGUAUCUUGUGAUGUUUCUUGAGGCUGAGUGUGAUGGAAUGAGCCUUAAAGAGGUGGACUUCGGUGCAAGAAACGGGCUGAUUCCGAUUUUAGAGAAAGGCAGGCAGUUUGUCAAGGUCGAGGACCAGGAGGCGCACUGUACCCUUGUGCUGAUACUGAAUGAGUGCCGUAGGAUUAUUGAGAAGAUGGAGUGCCAUGAAGAGCUGUGUGGCAAGUUCCUCGAGCUGAUUGCCGAUGGGAUAUGCGGCUCAGACUCUUGUGAGGUCCAGAGCAUGUGUGUUGAGAGUUUGGGGAUGAUGGCAAGCAAGAUUUCUGGGGUGGGAGACGGAGGCAGGGGGGUAUUUCAGGAAGGAAGCGACCAUAGCUCUGAGGAUGUGGGAUUCAGGACGGGGAUUGGAGAGAGGAAGUCUCCACUGCGCCUAUUGAGACUGAGAGAGCUAAUUUUGGAUACGUACAAGUCAGUGUUUGCCAGGAUUCCCGACAGCGAAGGAUACUCGAGCGGCGUGUGUCUUGACAUGAUGGACUUGAUUAAGGGAUUUGCAUUUAAAAGUGCUGAGCUUCGUGUGCUGAUUCCAUUGCUUCGUAAGUUUGUCCACAGCGACAACAAGGCUCUGCAGGAGAAGGUGCUGAGCAUGGUCGAGUCGUGGGGGCCUGGAGGCAGUGUGUUUGACGUACAGCUUGAAGCCUACAACGAUUGGAUCAGCUUCAAGGACGUCCAUCUGACCAGGAUGCUCAUCGAAAGGAUAGGAAAGGUUCUGUCGAGGAGCUCGGAGGAGGCCAGAUAUUCUGCAACGGUUAUGGACCUGGCUGAGCACUGCAAGGAAAGAGCCUUCUGGGAGGAUGUUGUGCGGGCAUUUAUGAAGGGAUCGGAAAGCAUAAGGACACGGGCAGCAUUCCUGUCGUUUGUAAAUGGAAGCAGAGUUAUUUUUGAUGAGGCGCCAAAGGUGGGCGUUUCAAAGUGCUUGAAUGAGGAGGGGCGCAGCGGCCUAGACGAUGAGAUGGGAGAAAGCACGGCAAAGGCCUUGAAGAGAAGAGAGAGGGUUGUCCUGGAGUUUUUGGCGUUCUACCACGACGUUCUGAGCAGGUUUGCAGGUAUUGGCAAGCCGCAGAGCCAUGAAAUGCAGCCUUUUGACGAGGUGAGCAGAUCUGACAUUAGGGAGGGGUACAGAGUGAUAUUUGAGAUGAGCGAGCUUGGAUCUGGGCUUGGAAAGGAGAGUAUCUGCUUCAAGUGCUACGAAAUACUGUUCCACGAUAUUGAGCUGAUCUACAGCGACGUGGCAGACAGGAUCAGGAAGGUGCUGGGGGAAUAUAACGAAAUGGAGAUGAUCUACAACGGCCUGUACUCAAGAGUAAAGCAGAGGGAGGUGUACACCAUACUCGAGAAGAUAUGGAGGAGUGGGAAUAAGAAGUUGGUGAAUGACGUCAAAGAUGUUCUUGUGGAGUCUCUCCGAUCGAAGGACUAUCGGGUUAUCGACCAUGUCCGUAGGUGUCUGGAGAUUAUUCUUGUGCAAGCCUAA